AAACCGUUUCAAACCCACAGAAAAAAAUUAAAAACAGACAACGGAAUAAAAACAAAUACCACCGCUUUGAGUUAUAUAUAAACUCAAUAAACCUCACCACUCUUCCUGCUUCAUUCUUCCUUCCAAGAUUCUUAUCUUUAUUAAAGAGAAACAAAACUCUUCUUUUAUAUUUGACUUUUCUUUUUUCAUUGUUGUGUUCUCUCUCCCUCUUUCUCUCGCUGGAGAAAAAUGUUGGCUAUAUUUCACGAGGCUUUUGCUCACCCGCCGGAGGAACUCUACAGUCCGGCGUCUGAGAAAUGCUCUAAACAGCCCAAACUUCCAGAAGAAACAUUAAACGACUUCUUGUCUCGUCACUCUGACAACACUUUCUCCAUGUCUUUCGGAAAAGCAGCUGUUCUUGCUUACGUUCGUCCCUCUGCUUCCUUCUCCGUCCACCAGAGGUUGUUCUGUGGGUUUGAUGACAUCUACUGUCUCUUCUUUGGGAGCUUGAACAAUCUGUGUCAGCUAAACAAGCAAUAUGGUCUGACCAAGACAACAAACGAGGCCAUGUUUGUGAUUGAGGCUUAUAGGACUCUUAGAGACAGAGGUCCUUAUCCAGCUGAUCAGGUUGUCAAGGAUUUAGAUGGUAGCUUUGCCUUUGUUGUUUAUGAUAGCAAAGCUGGUUCUGUCUUCACGGCUCUGGGAUCUGAUGGAGGAGUGAAGCUGUUUUGGGGAAUAGCUGCUGAUGGAUCUGUGGUGAUAUCAGAUGAUUUGGAAGUUAUCAAAGAGGGCUGUGCUAAAUCUUUUGCUCCUUUUCCUACAGGAUGUAUGUUCCACAGUGAAGGAGGGCUAAUGAGCUUUGAGCAUCCGAUGAACAAGAUAAAGGCGAUGCCGAGAGUGGACAGUGAAGGAGUCCUAUGUGGUGCUAACUUCAAGGUGGAUGUGUAUACGCGUGUUAACAGUAUCCCUCGUCGAGGAAGUGAAGCCAAUUGGUCUCUCUGAAUGCUUGCAUUCUCUCAACUUCCUAAAUGAUACUUUCUUUUCCGCACUUUCAUGCUCCGUUCUUGUUCUUCUCUACUUCUGUUAUGGAAUAAGCCAUGAAUAAAAACUGUGAAUAGCUUUCGAGGUUCUAUAUAAAAAUAAACUUCUCAGCGCUCA